AUGUCAGAAACAGAAACAGAAAUAGACACAGAAUCAGAUCUUGAACCUGCAUCGGUCGAAGUUAUUGAACUAACUGAUAAUUUUACAACAGAAGUUCUUAGAGGAACAGAUAUGGUUAGAGGAACCACAACAUUCUCAUCGAUUUCAACCGAACAUACAAAUCCCAAGAACUCAUAUUCUAUUUACACACAGAAUGAAAAGUAUGUCAUAGUGUUCCUUGCAGCCAUGGCUGCGUUUUGGUCACCAAUAUCUUCUCCGAUCUAUCUUCCAGUUUUACCUAUUCUCGAGAAGAAGUUUAAGGUUUCGGAAGAAAAGCUUAAUGUAUCGGUGGUGGUGUAUUCCAUUUUUCAAGGCUUUUCACCGGUCAUAUUCUCAAACCUAGCAGAUAAGUUCGGUAGAAGAAUUAUCGUUAUGAACUCUUUAAUAAUUUACUUGGCUGCAAAUGUUGGUCUAGCCUUGAACGAUUCAUAUAUCGGAUUGAUUCUAUUGAGAUGUUUGCAAGCAUUUGGUAUAUCGCUGACAAUCUCUGUGGCAUCUGGUAUCGCUGGUGAUUUAGCCAUCAAAUCACAAAGAGCUUCAUUUAUCGGUUUAUCUUCUGGAAUUUCACUAAUGGGUCAGGCCUUCGGUGCAUUUAUUGGUGGUAUAAUAGAAAAUUCCUUGGGGUGGAGAGCCAUCUUUUGGUUUUUGGCAAUAUCAUCUGGAGUAACUUUCAUGGUGGUUUAUUUGCUUUUACCAGAAACAAGCAGAACUCUCGUGGGGAAUGGGGCAACUCUACCACAAUCAAAUAAAUUGGUCUUGGUAGCUCCUGUAUUGCUAUUACCAAGGUAUAGUAGAAGAAGAAAUGUGGAUUCGGAACUCAAUUUAACAAUUGAGCCAAAGAAGCCAUUUAGGUUUUUAUCUCCAUUUAAAAUCCUUUUAAACCAACCUGUGUACUUAACAUUAAUACCAAGUUCAAUAUCGUACGCCAUUUGGUUGAUGAUGCUUACUACGUUGUCUACAUCGUUGUCUAAGUCAUAUAAUUACAGUACCUUAGAUAUUGGUUUGGCAUAUAUACCAAGUGGAAUUGGUGGACUUCUUGGUUCCAUUACGAUUGGCAAAUUUCUUGAUCUUUACUACAGAAAAGAGUAUAGAAAGUUCAGUCACAAUAAAGAAGCUUCUGGGGGCAACCAUACUUUCAAUAUUUACAAAGCUAGAUUGAACUUGGCCAUUUUCCCCACAUUCACAACUGUCUUUGGAGCUUUACUAUUUAGCUGGUCCUUAAACCUUCACGCUCAUCCACUGGUAGCACUUGUGGGUUCUUUCCUCGUCAGUUACGCAGCUAUGAACUAUUUAACAAUUUCAACAACCUUCUUAGCAGAUCUUUACCCUAGCCAAUUUUCGUGUUCUUCGAGCUGUGUUAACUUAACUAGAUGCUGGACAGCUGCAGUCUUCAUUGCUGCACUUAGUAAGAUGGUUUCGACUAUGGGAAUAGGUGGAUGUUAUUCAUUUAUGAGUUGUUUGAUGCUCCUAACAUACAUGACUAUACCUUACAUUUUAUACAACUCAGAGAACUAUGGUAAGCAAAAGUAG